AUGCAUCGCCUGACGCACAUCACUCGGUACGACAAGAUUGCCGUUCUUGACGAGGGGCGCGACCUCGACCAACUUCAAAACUUUCUCGAGCAUCACCGGUCUUCGUCGAUGAGCGAAGUAAUGAAGUCGCUUACGACGCAGGGUCUGGAGCAGUUAGGCUCCAGAGAGCAGCUGCACCUACUCAACGCCGUGGACUCGCUCCGCUCCCAAGGUCUUAGCUACUACAUUUCGCUCCCGCAAAUUAUCGUGUGCGGCGACCAGUCUUCGGGGAAAAGCUCAGUGUUGGAAAGCAUCUCGGGCGUUUCGUUUCCGGUGAAAAGCAGCUUGUGCACCCGGUUCCCGACUGAGCUUAUUCUUCGCAACACUGCCGUUUCCUCCAUCAAUGUCUCCAUUGUGCCGCACCAUUCUCGCCAUGAAUCCGACAAGGAAUCCCUUUCAAAAUUCCACGAGACAUUGCUUGAUUUCAAAGACCUGCCUGCGCUAAUCGAAAGCGCAAAGACUGCCAUGGGUGUCAUGACAAUGGGCAAGGCAUUUUCUGAAGACAUUCUGCGCAUCGAAGUCAACGGCCCCGACCGCCCGCACCUCACCAUUGUUGACCUGCCGGGUCUCAUUCAUUCCGAAAACAAGCACCAGUCCGCGUCAGACAUUCAACUCAUCAACAAUGUCGUACAGGGCUAUAUGAAAGAGCCCCGAAGCAUUAUCCUGGCCGUUGUAUCGGCAAAGAACGACUACGCCAACCAGAUUGUUCUAAAACUCGCCCGCGAUGCUGAUCCUAGGGGGACACGAACGCUUGGUGUUAUAACCAAACCGGACACGCUCAUUCCAGGAUCUGGGAGCGAGCAUAUGUUUCUCGCUCUGGCAAGGAACCAAGAUGUAGAGUUCCGCCUGGGCUGGCACGUGUUGAGGAACCGCGACACUGAGGCGGAAAAUUGGACAUUUGACCAACGCGAUGCCGCAGAGCUUCAGUUUCUGUCAUCUGGUGCCUGGGUAGGCCUUUCUUCACAAGACUUAGGGAUCAAGCCCUUGAGAACCCGCCUGAGCGACGUCCUUGUGCGACAGAUUGCCUCUGAGCUCCCAAAUCUCAUCGAAGAAAUUGCAGAAUUGACUUCCGAAUGCCAGAAUUCUCUCGAAAAGCUGGGUCUGCCUCGCGAUACCAUCUAUGAACAGAGAAUGUAUCUCAUCCGGAUCAGUCAAUCAUUCCAAACUGUGCUUCAGGCUAUGGUGCAUGGCACAUACAACGACCCGUAUUUCGGGGACGCCAUGUCAUUGACCGGCUAUGAAAAGCGCACCCGGGCCGUUGUUCAGAACCUCAAUCGAGCUUUUGCAGCGGAAAUGGCCCGCAACGGUCGACGGUACAAAGUCGUGGCCGAUGUCGAUGAUGCAGCCUCUGAGAGCAGUGAGAUAUUGACCCGUGAGGACUACAUUGAAAAAGUUGUCUUGAUUAUCCAGAGAGGCCGAGGGAGAGAGCUACCUGGCAUGUUCAAUCCCAUGAUUGUUACAGAGCUCUUCAGGGAACUCUCGUCGCCGUGGAGGAAAAUUGCAGAAAGCCACGUACAGGAAGUAUGGAAGGCGGUUCGCCUGUCGUUGAGCCAUCUCGUGACACAUAUUGCAGACUCUACCACUGUCAAAGCAAUUUUAACGCAUGUUUUCGAGCCCAAGUUGGAUUCCUUGCGACAAGUGUUGCAUGAGAAGCUGUCGGGACUACUGAAGCCACACCAUAGCGGACAUCCCAUCACCUACAACCACUACUUCACGACAACUCUACAGAACAUUCGCCAGGAGCGCGAAAGGUCACGAGUCAUUGCGUUAUUGAAGGCGAUGUUUGGCCAAGUUUCAUUGUCUUCGGCAACUACUGUUCAUGCCUCGGUUGACUUUGGAAGGUUUGUUGACAAACUUGUUCUUCCACAAGAGCCAGAUAUGGAUUAUUUCUCAGCAUCUGAGGCGCUAGACUUCCUAGAGGCGUAUUAUAAGAUUGCCCUGAAGCGCUUCAUCGAUGACGUUGCGGUUGAAGUCAUCGAGGCUUGUCUUUUGGAUAAGCUCAGCGAAAUCAUGGAUCCAAGCUCCAUCUUCAUGAUGAGCGAGGCUGAAGUUGCUAGCAUCGCGGCAGAGACGGAAGAGAGUCGGACAGCCCGCGAAGAACUGAGGACGAAAAUAAAAAUACUUAAAGGCGGAAGUGAAACGUGCAAGAAGAUUGCAGCGGUCUACUCCAACCUCUCGGGCAAUGCUGUGAGCGAUACUGACAAGACGGCUGAUCACUCCGGAAACAAGAGCCCCGCCACAGAUCUGAUGGCAGAAACCGAUAUCAAAGAACAAUAUGUCUCUGAGGUCACUCCUGAAGCUACUCCCGAAGCCACCUCAUCGAAGAAUCAAUUCUUGGAAGAGCCGGUACCUGAAGAGGAACCGAUUAUGUUGGACGAUGAUGAAUGGAAUCGCCCCGCCCGUUCAUCAAAGAAGAAGAAGAAGAAAGCUUCGGGUUGGUCUUCGGGUUGGUCUAAUGAGCCAGCGCCUCUGCCGGAGGUUCAGCCAGAGUGUGCCGAGGAGAAGGCGUGGUAG